UGUGUGUUUCAGGCAGCAGACGAGCCUGCCUACCUGACAGUGGGGACAGAUGUCAGCGCCAAGUACAGAGGAGCCUUCUGUGAGGCCAAAAUCAAGACGGUCAAACGCAUGGUCAAGGUCAAGGUGACCCUGAAAGGUGAAAGCACGUCCCAGGUGGUGCAGGACGACCAGGUCAAAGGGCCUCUGAGGGUGGGCUCCACUGUGGAGGUGAAGACCAAUGAGGGUUUGAGCAGCGAAGCCGUCAUCAGUAAGCUGACGGACGCCAGCCUCUACACCGUAGUUUUUGACGACGGUGAUGAGAAAACCCUUCGUCGGACAUCCCUGUGUCUGAAGGGUGAGCGACAUUUUGCAGAGAGUGAGACGCUGGACCAGCUGCCGCUGACCAACCCGGAGCAUUUCGGCACCCCGGUCAUCGGCAAAAAAUCCAACCGAGGAGGACGGCGUUCAUCCCAGGCUGUGGCUGAUGAGGAGAACGACACUUCAUCCAGCGAGGAAGAGGAAGAUGACAAGAAGAGGCUGAACGAUGAGCUGCGGGGACAGAUCUGCAGCAUAGAGAAUGUGGAGGACUCUGAUCAGUGGUUCAUGGCUCUGGUGUUGUCCCCCAGUUGUAACGAGGAGCUGGUGGUGAAGAAGGACCAGUGUCUGGUCAGGUCCUUCUGUGAUGGCAAAUUUUACACCGUGGGGAGGAGACACGCCCACGUCGUUAACACCAUGAGCAUUUCCAAGUCCGAUUUUUCCAAGAGGAAAGGUAUUAAAGAAGCCCAGAUGUUUCUAAGGAGCCGGGAGGUUCCAGACGUUUGGAAGAUGGACAUGAGUCAGAUUCUAGACUCCUCUAGUGAGGAUGACAAAGAUGACAAGGAUAGCGAGGCAGAGGAGGAGGAGGAAGACGCUGAAGAUGAGAAGAGAAAGAGGCACAUAAAAGAGGAGCCUGAGGAGGAGGCAGACCCCGAGGAGAAGGAGAACUUCCUCCAGCAUCUCUACAAAUUUAUGGAGGACAGAGGGAACCUUCAGCAGGGAGAGCAGAGCCUUUUUUAUCCCUCUGCUUUAUCAGCUGAGUUUGAUCCCGCGCAUUUGAGAUUUGUUGGGUUUUUCUUGCUUCGCUGUUUUAGGAGCGAGGAGGAUGAGGAUGGAGACUCGUUGGCCGGAACAAAGGUCAGGGUGAAGUACGGCAGAGGAAAAACUCAGAAGAUCUAUGAGGCACACAUCAAGAAGACGGAUGUGGACAACGGAGAACAAUUCUACUUGGUGCAUUACUACGGCUGGAACGUUAGGUAUGAUGAAUGGGUGAAGGCUGACCGCAUCAUUUGGCCUGCGGAGAAAGGAACUAAGAAGAGGCAGAGGAAAAAGGUGAAGAACAAAGAUAAGGAAGAACCAGAAAAAGAAGAAGAGAAGCCUGCAUCCAUAACGCCUGUGAAGCCACCCGGCUUGAAGCGAGGUCGUCCUCAAAUCAGGACCACCCCCUCAGGACGCAGCGUUUCCAAAACCCCCAGCAGUGAGGGCCAGUCCAAUGGCAGGAGCGUGCGGUCAGAGGUCACACCUUCCCUGGCAAAUGGAAACGAUACGCCUCGCAGGAAAAAAAGAACACCUGGCAUGUAUGAGUCUGAUCAGGCCUCCAACGAAGAUUCUGGGAACUCCUCAGAUGACAGCGAAACGGACAAUGGACCGGAGAAGACGGAGAAACCGUCUCCAUGGCGAGGGGGAUCUGAGCCUCAGACCCGUGAGCCAGAGGAGGAGGAGGAGGAGGAGGAGCCGGCGCAGCCGGAGGAGCAGGAGGGGGAGACGUCUGCACCGGAACCUGCUGAUGUUGAUGACAUGAAGGCCGAAGCAGCGUCUCCAGAGGUCGCAGCACCGCCGUGUCCCAGCAUGCCUCAGGAGGAGGCGGACCAACCAGAGAAGCAGCAGCAGCAGGGGGUGGAGCCUGCGGUGGAGCCCAGUGGGACAGCAGUCCACCUGGAGAAGAAUAAAGCAAGUCCUGUGAUGCGGACGUUACCCAUCCAAGACAAGAGCAGGGUGUCCCCUGGACAGGAAGUGAUGCUGGACGAGUCCCUCCCACCUGAGAGACAGCAGGCCGCGCCCUCCUCACCCAGCAGCACGGCUGAGGAAGAAAGCUCCUCCCCCAGAGGGAAAGGUCGCAGGGCAAAUCCCAGAGAGUCCGCUCCUGAGACUCCACCCACAACCCCGCAGUGCAACGCUAGCCCCGCCCCCAGCUCCCUGCAGGUCACACUCCUGACUACUCCUCCCCGGGGGAUGAAGAGACAAGAAGAACCCAUGGUGGUCCUACGAUGCCUCCCCUCCCAGCACCUCCCCACCAAGCCCCUGUCCGUUAACUCGGACACGGACUCCGCCACAGAGGAGGAGGAGGAGGAAGAGGAGGCGGGGCCUAAACAGAAGAGUAGUUCACCACUGAAACGUAAAGCAACAGAUCAGAGAACGGCAGAGAAGAAGCUCUGCACGGAGGACAGGAAGGAGGAAGGCCCCCCCGCGCCGCCCACAGUCCCCCCCCUGCCCCAGCCGUCUGAGCAAAGCGGGGAUGAAGGGGGGGAGGCGGAGGAGCAGCCUCGCCCAGAGGAGAAGAAGGAUAAUGUGGUGGAGGAGGAGAAGCUGUCGCCAUGUGGAUCUGCAGAGAUGCAUUCUGGGACAGAGGCCCAAAGCCCCCCCCCGGCCGAAGAGCUGGACCCUCAGAUCGGUCCCGAGGCUCUCGUCUGCCACGAGGUGGACCUGGACGACCCGGAUGAGAAGGAGAAGCCCCCCUCCUCGUCGGACUGCCUCCUCCUCAUGAUGCGGGAGCAGAACCAGGCUCCGCCCCCUCUGCCACUCGCCAUUCAACCCCCCCAGCCUCAGGUCAGAUCCUUCCUCAUAGCUGCCCCUCCCACCGUCAUUUCUGAGGAGCCCCACCCUCCCAAGGACCCUGCUGAGGAGGAGCGGGGCUGCAGCCGGGGGGAGCAGGGGGGAGACUCCAGUCCUGGCUUUGAAGGAAGCACCUCCUCCUCUUCCUCACUGCUGUUUCUGCAGGAGAACAAGGACAGAGGUCAGAAGAGGGUGAACGACGUGAACUCCAGCCUGACGGCCAAGAAACACAAACGGAACCAGAAACGGACCCUGACCCCCGCCAAGGCCGACAAGAACGGAGCAGGUCACAGCAGCGACAGCGAGGACCAGUCUCGUCUCUCAUCGCUGUCCAAAUCCCAGAAGUCCCGUUGUCCCGGUCUGUCCUCUCCGUCCUCGCACAGUAAAGACAAACAUGGCUUCCCCUCCCCACAGCGCUCCUACAAGUGGACACUGCAGCUUGAUGAGUUGGACAGCAUGUCGAGCACAGAGAGGAUCUCCUUCCUGCAGGAGAAGCUGCAGGAGAUCAGGAAGUACUACAUGAGCCUGAAGUCUGAGGUGGCCUCCAUCGACCGGCGCAGGAAGAGACUAAAAAAGAAGGAGAGAGAAGUAUCCAACACCACGGCGUCCACCUCCUCAGGCUCCUCAGACACAGGCAUGAGUCCGUCCUCGGCCUCGCCGGCUCAGAACACCGUGGCGGUGGAGUGCAGGUGAUGACACGCCCACGUGGGGCGCGUCCCUUCAGCCCACAGACUUCGGACACUUAAAUCAGGACGCUGCACUGAGCUCCUGGCUGAUGGAGCUGAGACGGGGAGGCGAUUGAAGGCGGGCCUUUAUGCACUGGUGCAGACGUGUCCUCCAUCCCUGUCCUCCAGGGUGACCGUGUUCCUGUCCAGAACCAUCUGAUGACUCCGUUUGGUUUCAGGGUCAGGAACCAGUAGGUCCGCUUCAACCCAAACACAUCCAGCAGGUUUUCCUUUACUGGGAGCCAAACGAGGACAAAGACGACGUUCUAGGUUCACUUUUCUGAUUGAAUGAUUUUAUUUUGAUUGGUCCAGAGUUAUCCUAAUCGUUUUCUUCUGUUAAACAGAAUUUCUUCUGUUUGGAUCAAGUUUUGUUCCUCUUUAGAUAAAUAUUGGAUUUAAGAUUUUUUUUUUAAAGGCUUUUAUGAAUUUCUGAGGUAGAAUUAAAUUAGUUUGAAUUAAAUCUUCUAACUGACCUGGUUUCGGUCCACUAAAGUUUAAAAGAUGAUGGGAAUUUGGAUCACAUGAAAUCACUCAGAGAAAAUGUGAAAACUGAAAUGUUUAAAAAGAGAUGUUCUGAAACAGGAAGAGUCCUGAAACCGAGUCUCCUCCAGGUCCGAACCGGUUUCUGGACUCGGCGUUCCGCCCCUCCCUCCCUCUGCUCAGCAUCAGGUUCAGACGGACGGCUGCUACCAGCUCCUCCACGUUGGCUUGUUUUGUACAUAAAAUGUUAAAAGAAUAAAACCACACCUGUAUUUGAGAACUACGUUUUACACCCCAGAAGAAUAAUUUCUAGUAUUUUCUAAGAGACUGUUUGUACUGUAGUUGUUUACUCCUCGGUUGUUUGUUUUGGGUUCUCAUGUGUUUUGCUGGCAGAGAUUUGAGAGCAAACAUGUAAAUAGAGAAAUGCACACAAGCCAUGCUACAAGUGUGUGUGCAGCAAGCAGCGCUCUCUGUUUCUAAUAAAGUUUUUAACCAGAUCUGCUGCAG